GUGUAGAACACCGUGUUCCAUCGCGUUUACGCGCAUCGUUUCAUCAUCGUGUCCGCAAAACGAAAAAUACCGGUCCUUUCUGGUGGAGAGCGGAUGGAGGGAAAGAGGUCGCGCAAGCGCCUCUCUUGCAUCGCCGAUGGGUGAAAGCCUCGGGGUGAAAAUGCACCCUGGCAUGGGAGUGUCAGCGGGCGAUCGUCGCGAAAAUACGGUGAUGCAGGCCAGGAACGGGGUCUGCGACAAGAUCGAGAAUUACAUAUCGGAUCUGGGACAAUGGUCAGUAUGGAAAGCGAUAAUACUGGGACAAUUUUUGUCCCUUGUGUUAUGCUUCAUGACGCUCGCGAAUCAUCACAUCAACACAGCAUACCAACUUUCAUUCCCGACCGGACAAAAUCUUCCGCAUUACAUUAUGAUGUGUCUCGUAUACACAACCUGGAUGUCCUGCAGGGGAGUAGGGAACGGCCUAAUUUCAGUUAUAAAAGCCCGUGGAUUCAGGUACUUGUUGGUAGCACUCAUUGACGUCGAAGCGUGUACUCUUAUAACAUCCGCGCAUCAAUUCACCAGCAUCGCUGGCAUACAGUUGCUCGAUUGUGUCGCUAUACCGGUUGCAUUGGCAUUAUCAUGUUUGAUUCUCGGGGUGAGAUAUCGAAUGGUGCACAUAGUCGGCGUUUCCGUUUCAUUGAUGGGAGUGGGAUGUUUGGUUUGGGCAGGAAUCGAUGACAAUAAAGAUCCUUCCGCAGGAAAGAAUCAUCUUGUCGGUGAUAUGUUAUGCCUCGGAGGCGUGAUAUUGUUUUCCAUAACAACGGUGAUACAAGAAUUAGCAGUGAAGACGGUCGAUGUUAUCGAGUAUCUAGGCAUGAUUGGUUUCUUCGGUACUAUAAUGUGCUGUUUGCAAAUGGCCAUAUUGGAAAGCUUAAAGAUAGAAUCAUUACAGUGGAUUAAUACACCAGUAAUCACUUUCUUGGUAGUUUAUUGCAUCACGCAAUUCAUCUUUUUUUCAUUGGUGCCUGUCGUAUUAUAUGAAUCUGGUGCAACUGCAUUGCAACUAUCAUUGUUGACAGCAGAUUCUUUCAACGUUUUAGCUGGCAUGUUAGUCCAUCAAUAUAAGUUUCACGCAUUAUAUUUCGUCUCAUACACGCUCACAAUGACGGGUAUAUAUAUUUACGCGAUAAAGAGAACACCAAUGGCGUCGAACUCGCGAAGGCAGCAAGCUGAACCUUCUGCUCCAGAUUACAGACAUAUGUCUCAUCCCGACGUUGGAGAAGUGGAAAUGGCUACAAGUUCAGGGAUGUCUGGCGUAAGUGGUACUCUCGACGUAAGGACAUCGACUCUUGGCAGCGAAAAGGAAACGAUGGACGCUACGAGUUUGCCGCCGAGUGUUAGCUCUGAUACAGCUUUCACUUCUUUCUAUGGAAAUUACUACGAUUGAGAAAGGAUCUUAGGAUCUUAGGAAGAUGUAAAGCAAGCCGAGGAAUAAAUAAAUUUUGCCAUGUGUGCGUUCUUGUUGAAAUUUUACACGAAAUUUUAGACUAAUCAUUCAAAAGAAAAAGACAUUUUUUCGUUUUCUAUGAUAGGUAAAAAUAAAUAGAUCUCUUUGUCGAUCAAUAAGUUUAUAAUACGCGUUAUACAGUGUUCUAAUUAGUACAGUGAUUUUUCUAAAAAUUUAAAUAAUUCAUAAAUAUCGAUUAGUCGCGAUAAAUGCGAUUUUCAUUGUUGAUUUAACUGUUUAUCGAAAUGUAAGUACUAUACAUUCUUGUUGCUCAAUAUACUUUGUAAAUGAUAAUAGGAUGACUAAUUGUUACUAUAACUAAGUACUGAAGAACAUUAAAUAAUUUCCUAUUGUAAAAUAAUAAGUCAUAGUCAGUGAUAAUUAUUUUUAUGGUUCUUGUUACCUUUGUUCGUAAAUGCAUUAGAUUGUAUUUACAUUCUAUCGUCCAUCCAUUUCUCAGAAUGUUAUUUCACGUAGUAUGGAUAUUUUUUUGAAGUAAAUUAAUAAACGAAUGAUAAAUUAA